AUGGCAUCGGACGCAGAUCAGCGCUUCACGGAGGAGUAUUUCCUUCAGACCACAGCACCCAAGUGGACCAACGAGAGGCGUGAGCAGGUGAAGAUCUUUCUGGACCACCACCGCGUCGUGGGCAAGUGCGUCGCGGUCGUAACGUCUGGAGGCACGACUGUCCCGCUCGAGCGCAACACUGUGCGCUUUCUGGACAAUUUCUCCACGGGAUCACGAGGCGCAGCUUCGGUCGAGUAUCUACUGGAACUGGGCUACGCUGUCAUCUAUGUACAUCGUCCGGGAUCGGUUGCCCCCUUCGCCAGACACAUACAGAGAGCCACCUCCUCGUCCUUGGACGUGGACUUCCUGCAGCACGUCGACACACGCAAUAGUAACGAGCAGAUCCAGCUGCUUAUUGAAGACCCCACAGCCAAGAAGAACGUGGUGGAUGCAGUCAAUACACUACGCAACGUGCGUGCGACUAACACGCUGCUUACGCUGCCGUUCACGUCUGUAGACGACUAUUUCUUCAUGCUACGGAUGGUGGCAACCUGUGUGGCUCCCUGGAAGGAACGUGCAAUGUUCCUUUUAGCAGCUGCCGUGAGUGACUUUUACAUCCCUCAACAGGACUUGGCAGUACACAAGAUCCAGUCACGAGCAGGUCCAUUGGAACUGACGCUGCAACAGGUGCCAAAGAUGCUCGGCGUGUUGCGUCACAACUGGGCGCCGCAGUCUUUUGUGGUGUCGUUCAAGCUGGAAACAGACUGGGAUAUACUCCGCAAGAAGGCCAAGCAGGCGAUCGCCAAGUACGCGAUGCACUUGGUGAUUGCCAACGAGCUGCACUCUCGUUUCGACGAGGUGUUGCUGAUUACGGACCAGGACGAGCGCUGCAUUACUCGACCAAAAGAAGAAGCUGACAUCGAAUUUGGCUUGAUGGAAGCGGUCGCUCGUACGCACUACCAUUACAUCGCGUCGCAGGACGUGUAUGUGCCGGAUGAAAUCGGCCACCGCGAGGAACUCUUAGGCGUUGUGGUCGGUGGGUUGCUGUCUGUAAUGCUCAGCAUGCUACAGAACAAGCUACGUCGCUCACACUAG